AUUAAAUGAAUUAAUUAAAUAAAAAAUACUUUAUUAACAGGAAGAAAUUGCAACAAAACAUAACAAAGCAGAAACAGCAUCUGCUCCAGGCACCAGCUCAUAGAUUGAUCACAGAUGUUAUUAGAAGAUGGAACAGCUCCAGGAUAACGAUUUUUAGAACAGCAAGCAGCCACCUGUGCAGCUCUGCUUUCACCAGAAGUCCAGAAGAGUAAAAAAGAAAUCCUCACUUUAAAUGUCUGACAUCACGUGUGCAGAGGAAGUGGUCAGGGCACUCAAGCCUAUGAAGGAUGCCACCCUGGUGAUGUCAGAGGAGAGCAUGUCGUCCAUCAUUGCUCCUCUUCAUGCCAAGCUUGUAAUGGCCACACCAGAAAGCCUUGAUGACACACCAACAGUAAAGGACAUCAAGGCUGCUAUAGCGCAAGAUGUGUGAAAGAGACGUCAGUGAGAGGGACUGCACAUGGCAUCAGCUGUUGAUCCAAGCUUCAAAGACGUGCCCAUCCCGUCUGAAGCAGAGACCAGUGAGAUCUAUUCCAGACCGACCACUGCUGUGGUGGCUGUGAUGAAGAAGCAACAGAAUGAGAAGCUGGGAGCUGUGGUGGACAGUCUGUGUGUGGAAGCUGUGGACAGAAUCCUGAAGAUUGUGGAGACUGUGGAAGACCUGCAGGCUCCGCCUCCAUCUGAUGACACCUGUGAGGAGUUAACGAGAACUCAGACAGCAGAAGGUGAGGAUGCAGGUGUGCAGCGCCCCCCCACAGGACACACCUUCAUCCUGGUUUACGGGAACGCUGCUCCUGAUUCCAGAUCACUGCUGCACAGGGAUGCUAAUGAUGCUAAUGAUGCUAACGCUGCCAAAAGUGAGAACAGAAGCAACUUUGAGGCAGCAGGUGAUCUGUCCAGUUCCUCCUCCACUUCCUCCCCUCCCCCUCAGGUGGAGGACCAUGAGUACGCACGACUAUCUGUGCCACCACCCGGUGUCGCUGCAGCUGCAGGGGGAGGGGUGAGGAAAGAUGGCCGCCGGCAGAGGAAGAAGAAGAAGAGCGUCUCAGCAGCAGAGACUCAACUGCCGUGCUCGCGGUGCAGCAUGUUGUUUCCCAGUGCUGAGCGGCUCUCCGACCACCAGCAGAAGUCCCACCCAGCAUGCUCGGUGUGCGGGGCGUUGUUCACUGGAAUCCUGAAGCUUCGCGAACACGAGAUCAGCGCACACGGGCUGCUGCCGUACGCCUGCGAUUUCUGCCCCAAGAGGUUCAACCACAAGGCGCACCGCAACCUGCACGUGAAGGCGCGGCACACCGGCGAGAAGAGCUGCCACUGCGACAUCUGCGGGAAAGGCUACUCCUGCGUCAGCGUGCUGAAGACCCACAGGAUGACCCACUUCGACAAGACCUUCACCUGCGACGUCUGCGGGAAGAGUUUCUACCAUGCCUGCCACCUGACGCGCCACAAGCUGGUGCACCAGGAGGUCCGACCGUACCCCUGCUCCACCUGCGGGAAGGGCUUCACGCAGGCCGCCAACCUGCGCAGCCACCAGCUGACCCACACCGGCGAGAGGCAGCUCUGCUCCAUCUGCGGGAAGAGCUUCCGCUACCUGAAGAACCACGUCAUCAGCAAACACUCUCACGAGCUGCCCGCAGGUGAGCUGCCAGCCGCCAACGCCGUCAUCAGCUGCGAGGUCUGCUGCAAGAAGUUCCCUAACCCGUCGCAGUACCGAGCGCACAAGAGGAGCCACACCGGGGAGAAGCCGUUCCACUGCGACAUCUGCGGGAAGAGCUACCGGCUGAAGGAGCUGCUGCGGGACCACCGCUACACCCACACUGGAGAGAAGCCCUACAGCUGCUCGCUGUGCUCCAAGACCUUCAACCUGGCCACCAGCUUCAUGAGGCACCGCAGCAUCCACACGGGAGAGACACCGUACAGCUGCCAUGACUGCGGGAAACACUUCCGCCUGCUCACUUUCCUCAAGGCUCACCUGCAGACGAAAGCUCACCUGAAGCAGACGCAGCAGAGGCAGGUGGCUGCUGUCACCUCUGACCUCUGACCUCACAUGAGGUACAGUGUGUUGGACUUCAGGAUUUAUUCCGUCUGAGCCGUUUGCCGGAUGGUGGGAUGAUGUUUGCGUCCACCACAAUGAAGUAUCAUCUGAUGAUAAUCUGUCACAUCAAACCUCUGCAGAAGAAAAGACAUGAAACUGGGAUCAAACGUUUCUGAAGGUGGCUUUUUUAUAACAUAUUUAUCCUCAUAUUUCAUAAAUCCGUUUUCAUUUGUUUCUUUUCUGUGCAGAGCAAGCUGCCUUCCAUAAAACACAAUAAAGUUUUUUAAAGGAUUAAAUUUACGAU